AUGUACAACGGCAAUGAGGGUAAUCAUGGGGCCGCCCAAAAUAAUAUGGCGCCGAAUGGUUUUCCGGGACAUUGGCAGCAAAAUAUGUAUCCACCAGAAAAUCAAAUGCAACAACAGCAAUACCACGGCAUGGCUGGCGGCAAUUACGCCCAAACCAUGGAGCAACGCCACGCUGCAAUGCUCCAAUAUCGGCACAAUCCACAAAUGCUUCAUACUGAUAGUCGUCAUUACCAAAUGCGAAAUAAUAUUGGUAUGGCUGAUCCGAGCCUGGCGAAAGACGUCGUGACCGCUUGGGGAUCUGGGCAAUGUCUUUUCGAAACCGGUCUUUCGGUCUGGCAGCAACAAUUUCCGGCAAUGGGUGGUUUCUACCAAGGAUAUCAAAAUGAGUAUAUGCGAAGACGAAUGAAUCAAAUGCAGCAAUACGGCCAGAUUGCUCGAAAUCGUCAAUUUCCACAACAACCGCACCAACUGCAUAACCCAUAUUACGCUAACACAAAAGAAAAUGGUGUGCAAGGUUUUGCGCCACAUUUUCAGCAGCAAGCUCAACCGCCGCAUGCAUAUCCGCAUGUCGCUCCGGCACCCUAUCAAACUGCACAACAACUGCAGCAGAAUUUCGAAUAUGAGCUGCGUUCCGCGUUCUACAAUAGAAACCAGGGUACUGGACUUGAGUAUAACCGUCAAAUAAAUGAUGGGCAACGCACCAUGCUUGAUAACACCGGAAAUACAGCACCGAAAGCUCAGACGACGAUGUAUCAACCGUAUUAUGGGAAUAACAAUGCACAAGGAUAUCAAAUGGUUCAAGAACAGCAAAUGCAGCAACAAGUGGGAUAUCAGGUGCCAACAGGAUUCCAUCAAAAUGAAACCGAAAUUGCAAGUAAUAACACGAACAACCCGCAGAUGUUUCAGCAGCAAAGCAUGCCUGUGUUUCAAGAAGCUCAUCAACCAUAUUCAUUCGCCCAACAGGAACGCAUCAACUCCGAAUUUGGAGCCAGUCAUUUGCAGGACGCUUCACAGCAGCAAAAUGAAUUAGAACAUGGAGCCAUUCCAGUGCCUUCCUCCCAACAACAGCAAUUCAUAGAAUCAACCACGCUGAGUUGCUCACAGGCUCCCACUUCAUCUGCGACGACAAAGCGACCUUUAUAUGAAAAGAAGAUUUUGGAUGACAAAAGCGACAAAAAAGAAUAUGAGAUGAAUGUAAAUCUUGAAAUUGCGCUUGAAAUAAUUCACGAUGAUCUAAUGGGAAAAAUGGCCCAAAACAUGGAAAGACUUUCGAAGGAAAACGGAAUGCCAAGCGUAGCUAAUUAUUCGCAGAAUUGGACGAAGGACGGUAGCAAAGAAAUGAAUAAUGUUGCAGCCAACAAGGUCAUUCCACCUCCGGACUUGUCACCACAAAGGUUCGAUGAUAGCUUAACUCGAGCACCGGAAUCUGUUGUUCCAUUGGAAAAUGCUGGUUUAUCGAAACAUGAGAAUUCAAACAUUGGAAUCAAUACAGUCUCUAACGAAGCCAAUUCUUGGUUUUAUGGAAAUUGUGAAAAGAAGAGUACCAAUGAGGCGGGAGAAGCGAACAUUGGAAAAGAUGAUCAGAAGUAUGAGAGAUCUGCCGUUAACGUCGAUGAAAUCUUGCAAGCUUGUGAAGAACACAGUGAGAGUGACUUUUCUAAUGAGUUGAAGGCGAAUGAUGAUGUGGUUAUGAAUGUGAGCAAAAAUGAAUGUCAUGAGAAGGAUGACGGUGAAAACCAGGCAGAUGAACAGCAAUAUUAUCAAAAUGUGUCCGGAAAUCAUGACUGCGCUGAACCUGAGACGAUUUUGGAAACGGCUGAACACGAUUCUGCACUGAGAUAUGAGAAAGAGGACGAACAUAAUCGAAAUAUUCAGGAAAUCGUUGAGGAGUUGAAAAAAGCAGAAAAAUCGUGGCUCGAGAUUCAAAAUAAUGGGAAAUUAUUGCUAGAUUCAAGCGUUAAGAUAAAUGAUGAGAGUGUCGAGAGGGCAGCUAUUAACGAUGAUCCACAAGCAACUCAGGAUAAUAAUGAUGAAACUAGUGAAUCAAUUGCGUUUGAAAAGGAAUUGUCCAAUGAUCACGAAUCCUGUGAAUCAGGAACACCUAAAUCGCAAUUGAAGGAGACAGCUAAUGAAGAGGUUCACUCUUCUUUGGAGGAGGGAUCAAAAGAUGAGGAUCACGAGGAAGCAGAAGAAACAGAGGAUGCACCAGAGAUGAAUGAGAAACAAGGAGAAGUAGAACAAAUUGCUCAAAACAUUUCUGAAAAUGAAAACGUAAUCGAAGAUAUUCCGAUUAUUUGCGAUGACUCAAGCAACUCAGUUGAAUCGGAAAAUCCCGAUAUUGAGGAUCAAAGUGUUGGCGAAGCGAACAUUGACACAAAAGAGGAUCGUGUAGAAGAACAAGAAAAACAGUGGACUAUUAAUGAUUCCAGCGAGGAGUUCUGCGCUAUGGUAGAAGAGAAGCCACAGGAAUGUCAAGAGGAUAGAGCUGCUUUUCACAAUCACAACGAAUUUGCUGCUGACCAAGUUAACCAUAAUGACGAUGUCCCUUUUAACAGCACCGAAACGGAAAAGAGUAUUGAAGCUUUUCUCUCCAAAAAUCUUGAAAGUGGAAUAUUUAUCGAGCCAGUUCAAGCACAAUUGCAAGCGAAUAGGAAACGCUCGAUGCAGGACACGUCGUUUGAUGACGCACUAUUAGAAAAAUCGAAAAGCGAUGCACAGAUCACAGCCGAAGGUCGAUUGGAGCAGACAAACGAAAUUCAGCCAUCGCACAAGGUUCUUAAAUUGGAGACAAACUCGGAUGGGCCGAUUAUUUGCAUUUCGAAUGCCCCCAUUCCGCAAGCCGAAUCUCCAAAUCAAUAUAUUGGUGUCCCUCAUUCUGACGUCAUUGGAUCGUCGGAUUUGAACGUGGGACUCGAAUCUCCCAGUUGGGAAAAUGAUUCCGAAAAUGACCAAUUAGAAAAAUCGAGUCAUGACGACCAACAAGAAGAGCAACUCGCUGUUGAAGUUGUUGUUGAGGAGUUGUGCGACAACGUGGAAAAAGCCGAAGAAUCGUGGCUCGAGAUCCGAAAUAAUGGCAAAUUAUUGCUGGAUUCAAACGAUAAGAUAAAUGAUGAGAGUGUCGAGAGGGCAGCUAUUAACGAUGAUCCACAAACAAUCCAGGAUAAUAAUGACGAACCUAGUGAAUCAAUUGCGUUUGAAAAGGAAUUGUCCAUUAAUUGCGAAUCCUGGGAAGCAGGAACACCAAAAUUGCAAUCGGAGACAUCUAAGGAAGAGGUUCACUUGUCGGAGGUGAAGAAUUACUGUUUUAUAACAAGGCUGAUUCAAGAACAAAAGGAGAGUACCAAUGAGGCGGGAGAAGAAAACGUUGGAAAGGAUGAUCAGAAGGAUGAGAGAUCUGAGGUUAAAGUCGAUGAAAUCAUGCAAGCUCGUGAAGGACAGAAUGACGGUGAAAACCAAGCAGAUGAGCAACAUACCCAAAUAGUUUCUGCACUGAGAUAUGAGAAAGAGGAAGAACAUAAUCGAGAUGUUCACGAGAUCGUUGAGGAGUUAUGCGACAACGUGGAAAAAGCAGAAGAAUCGUGGCUCGAGAUUCAAAAUACUGGAAAAUUAUUGCUGGAUUCAAGCGAUAAAAAUAAUGAUGAAAGUGUCGAGAUGGCAGCUAUUAACGAUGAUUCACAAGCAACUCAGGAUAAUGAUGAUGAAACUAGUGAAUCAAUUGAGUCUAAAAAUGAAUUGUCCAAUGAUCACGAAUCCUGUGAAUCAGGAACACCUAAAUCGCAAUUGGAGACAUCUAAUGAAGAGAUUCACUCUUCUUUGGAGGAGGCAUCAAAAGAUGAGGAUCACGAGAAGGAGAGUACCAAUAAAGGAAGAGAAGCAAACGUUGAUCAGAAGGAUGAGAGAUCUGACGUUAAGGUCGAUGAAACCCUGCAAGCUCGUGAAGAACACAGUGAGAGUGACUGUUCUAAUGAAUUGAAGGAGGAUGAUGAUGUGGUUAUGAAUGUGAGCAAAAAUGAAUGUCAUGAGAAGGAUGACGGUGAAAACCAGGCAGAUGAACAGCAAUAUUAUCAAAAUGUGUCCGGAAAUCAUGACUGCGCUGAACCUGAGACGAUUUUGGAAACGGCUGAACACGAUUCUGCACUGAGAUAUGAGAAAGAAGAAGAACAUAAUCGAGAUGUUCAGGAGAUCGUUGAGGAGUUGUGCGACAACGUGGAAAAAGCAGAAAAUUCACGAUUCGAGAUCCCCAAUAAUGAAAAAUUAUUUCUGGAUUCAAGCGAUAAGGCGAUCUUGCCAAAUUUGAGUGAAAAUGAGAGUCAAGAAAAGGAUGACACUGAAAAUCAAGCAGAUGAACAUAUUCAAAAUGUUUCCGGUCAUCAUGAUUGCGCUGAACUGGACGAGAAUGAUGAUAUGGACAAGAUGAAAUCGGAAAGGCAAUCGAUGGAUAAUCAUGAGAACUGUGAAAAAAGUGAACCAACACCGAAAUCGCAAUUGGAGAAAACAUCAAAGGAAGAGGACAAUUUGGAAAUGGAAGCAAAAGAAACAGAGGAUGCACCAGAGAUGAAUGAGAAACAAGGAGAAGUAGAACAAAUUGCUCAAAACAUUUUUGAAAAUGAAAACGUAAUCGAAGAUAUAUUUAUUUGCUAUGACUCAAACAACUCAGUUGAAUCGAGCGUUAAGAUAAAUGAUGUGAGUGUCGAGAUGGCAGCUAUUAACGAUGAUCCACAAGCAACUCAGGAUAAUAAUGAUGAAACUAGUGAAUCAAUUGAGUCUAAAAAGAAAUUGUCCGAUGAUCACGAAUCCCGUGAAGCAGGAACACCUAAAUCGCAAUUGAAGGAGACAGCUAAUGAAAAGGUUCACUCUUCUUUGGAGGAGGCAUCAAAAGAUGAGGAUCACGAGGAAGCAGAAGAAACAGAGGAUGCACCAGAGAUGAAUGAGAAACAAGGAGAAGUAGAACAAAUUGCUCAAACCAUUUUUGAAAAUGAAAACGUAAUCGAAGAUAUUCCGAUUAUUUGCGAUGACUCAAGCAACUCAGUUGAAUCGGAAAAUCCCGAUAUUGAGGAUCAAAGUGUUGGCGAAGCGAACAUUGACACAAAAGAGGAUCGUGUAGAAGAACAAGAAAAACAGUGGACUAUUAAUGAUUCCAGCGAGGAGUUCUGCGCUAUGGUAGAAGAGAAGCCACAGGAAUGUCAAGAGGAUAGAGCUGCUUUUCACAAUCACAACGAAUUUGCUGCUGACCAAGUUAACCAUAAUGACGAUGUCCCUUUUAACAGCACCGAAACGGAAAAGAGUAUUGAAGCUUUUCUCUCCAAAAAUCUUGAAAGUGGAAUAUUUAUCGAGCCAGUUCAAGCACAAUUGCAAGCGAAUAGGAAACGCUCGAUGCAGGACACGUCGUUUGAUGACGCACUAUUAGAAAAAUCGAAAAGCGAUGCACAGAUCACAGCCGAAGGUCGAUUGGAGCAGACAAACGAAAUUCAGCCAUCGCACAAGGUUCUUAAAUUGGAGACAAACUCGGAUGGGCCGAUUAUUUGCAUUUCGAAUGCCCCCAUUCCGCAAGCCGAAUCUCCAAAUCAAUAUAUUGGUGUCCCUCAUUCUGACGUCAUUGGAUCGUCGGAUUUGAACGUGGGACUCGAAUCUCCCAGUUGGGAAAAUGAUUCCGAAAAUGACCAAUUAGAAAAAUCGAGUCAUGACGACCAACAAGAAGAGCAACUCGCUGUUGAAGUUGUUGUUGAGGAGUUGUGCGACAACGUGGAAAAAGCCGAAGAAUCGUGGCUCGAGAUCCGAAAUAAUGGCAAAUUAUUGCUGGAUUCAAACGAUAAGAUAAAUGAUGAGAGUGUCGAGAGGGCAGCUAUUAACGAUGAUCCACAAACAAUCCAGGAUAAUAAUGACGAACCUAGUGAAUCAAUUGCGUUUGAAAAGGAAUUGUCCAUUAAUUGCGAAUCCUGGGAAGCAGGAACACCAAAAUUGCAAUCGGAGACAUCUAAGGAAGAGGUUCACUUGUCGGAGGUGAAGAAUUACUGUUUUAUAACAAGGCUGAUUCAAGAACAAAAGGAGAGUACCAAUGAGGCGGGAGAAGAAAACGUUGGAAAGGAUGAUCAGAAGGAUGAGAGAUCUGAGGUUAAAGUCGAUGAAAUCAUGCAAGCUCGUGAAGGACAGAAUGACGGUGAAAACCAAGCAGAUGAGCAACAUACCCAAAUAGUUUCUGCACUGAGAUAUGAGAAAGAGGAAGAACAUAAUCGAGAUGUUCACGAGAUCGUUGAGGAGUUAUGCGACAACGUGGAAAAAGCAGAAGAAUCGUGGCUCGAGAUUCAAAAUACUGGAAAAUUAUUGCUGGAUUCAAGCGAUAAAAAUAAUGAUGAAAGUGUCGAGAUGGCAGCUAUUAACGAUGAUUCACAAGCAACUCAGGAUAAUGAUGAUGAAACUAGUGAAUCAAUUGAGUCUAAAAAUGAAUUGUCCAAUGAUCACGAAUCCUGUGAAUCAGGAACACCUAAAUCGCAAUUGGAGACAUCUAAUGAAGAGAUUCACUCUUCUUUGGAGGAGGCAUCAAAAGAUGAGGAUCACGAGAAGGAGAGUACCAAUAAAGGAAGAGAAGCAAACGUUGAUCAGAAGGAUGAGAGAUCUGACGUUAAGGUCGAUGAAACCCUGCAAGCUCGUGAAGAACACAGUGAGAGUGACUGUUCUAAUGAAUUGAAGGAGGAUGAUGAUGUGGUUAUGAAUGUGAGCAAAAAUGAAUGUCAUGAGAAGGAUGACGGUGAAAACCAGGCAGAUGAACAGCAAUAUUAUCAAAAUGUGUCCGGAAAUCAUGACUGCGCUGAACCUGAGACGAUUUUGGAAACGGCUGAACACGAUUCUGCACUGAGAUAUGAGAAAGAAGAAGAACAUAAUCGAGAUGUUCAGGAGAUCGUUGAGGAGUUGUGCGACAACGUGGAAAAAGCAGAAAAUUCACGAUUCGAGAUCCCCAAUAAUGAAAAAUUAUUUCUGGAUUCAAGCGAUAAGGCGAUCUUGCCAAAUUUGAGUGAAAAUGAGAGUCAAGAAAAGGAUGACACUGAAAAUCAAGCAGAUGAACAUAUUCAAAAUGUUUCCGGUCAUCAUGAUUGCGCUGAACUGGACGAGAAUGAUGAUAUGGACAAGAUGAAAUCGGAAAGGCAAUCGAUGGAUAAUCAUGAGAACUGUGAAAAAAGUGAACCAACACCGAAAUCGCAAUUGGAGAAAACAUCAAAGGAAGAGGACAAUUUGGAAAUGGAAGCAAAAGAAACAGAGGAUGCACCAGAGAUGAAUGAGAAACAAGGAGAAGUAGAACAAAUUGCUCAAAACAUUUUUGAAAAUGAAAACGUAAUCGAAGAUAUAUUUAUUUGCUAUGACUCAAACAACUCAGUUGAAUCGAGCGUUAAGAUAAAUGAUGUGAGUGUCGAGAUGGCAGCUAUUAACGAUGAUCCACAAGCAACUCAGGAUAAUAAUGAUGAAACUAGUGAAUCAAUUGAGUCUAAAAAGAAAUUGUCCGAUGAUCACGAAUCCCGUGAAGCAGGAACACCUAAAUCGCAAUUGAAGGAGACAGCUAAUGAAAAGGUUCACUCUUCUUUGGAGGAGGCAUCAAAAGAUGAGGAUCACGAGGAAGCAGAAGAAACAGAGGAUGCACCAGAGAUGAAUGAGAAACAAGGAGAAGUAGAACAAAUUGCUCAAACCAUUUUUGAAAAUGAAAACGUAAUCGAAGAUAUUCCGAUUAUUUGCUAUGACUCACGAGAAAAACAAUGGACUAUUAAAGAUUCCAGCGAGAAAUUAUGCUUGGAAGAAGACUCUCGGGAAUGUCAGCAAUUCGCCGGUGAUCAGAUACCUGCGGAUACCCUUUCCGAACACGUGGUUGCGGAAAACAACAUGGAAGCUUUUCUCGCUAAGAAUAGCGAUAAUGGACAAUUUAUGGAGUCAAUGCCAGAACAAUUAAAACGUCGAAAACGUUUGAUUGAGGAAGAUUCGAUGUACGAGCCGCAAUCAAAACGCGUGACACAGAAUCCUUCCACAAGUUCCGAGAGUCGAGUGAUUAGUGCUCAAGAUGAAUCGGAAAAAUCGCUUAUUGAUGCAACAUCGGACCUUGAUGAACAGCAUCAGGGAAUAUUGAAAGUAGAGACAGUUUCAGAAAUGCAGAAUCCUCUUCUACUUCUUAAGUCUCCGGAUGUUGACUUCCCUAGAGCAUCGCCAAAAUCGGAAAAGAAGAACGAUGAGGAUUUGCUGUCAAAGUAUAACGUAAUACAGGUUGAUGCGGACAUUCAAAUACUAGAGGAACCGGGAUCUUCAAAUUCAAAGACUACUGGCUCAGUCAAACAGGAAGAUGACGUAAUUAUUGGAAGCGAUGAGCCGAACUCGCAAGCAGCGAAUCCGUCGAGUUCAGAAACGUUAACUCGCAUUACGCCAAGAACAGCGGCUGAGAAGCGACGAAAUGAUGAGAUAUUGGACAGAAGAAUAGAGCCAGCGAGAAUAGCUCAUUUUGGAAUUCAAAAUUCGAAUCCUCAAGAAUGCACAGUCCUCGUUCCGAUGUUUCCUGAAAGACAUCAGAACCUGCAGGCAUCUACAACAAUGCUGGUUCGUAACACAAUUUUCCCACAACGUGCUUAUUCUAGCAGUCCUAUUGCCGAUCCAGAAGAAUAUCAGAGAGUUUUGCAAAUGUGGGCUGCGCGGAGUGAUUCUGAGCCUGUGAAUGGAGCCCAUGGCCGAGUUAUUGUGUUAAAUCAAUAUCCAAAUGAUCAGAAUGAUGAAGAAGCAUCACCCGCACCUCCGGCAAACAAUUCGCCAUCCCAAUCGGAAGCCGACGAGAGUUCAGACUUAUCUGCUGAAGCACUAGCUGAUAUCGCGAGAUGUGUGUUUUGA